GAUUGAUACUUUUCUCUGAAGAGUUGCCAGAGGAAGCGGAAGCAUAAGAAAAAGCAGUUAUCACAUUUACUCCUCAGGAUUCCUUAGCGAAAGGUUUUGUUGUGUCUCAUAAUGGCUGAGAGCGACGAGGUUGUGGUGUUGUGUUACUGGAAAGAUUGGGAUUGUGAUAUCAAGCAUGGUCCUGAUGGUGUUUACUUUGAAGGAUCGUCUCCUAAAGAGAUGAGAGUCAAGAAAAAUACCGACUUUAGCAGAUUUCUGGAUGAGCUUUAUCUAAUUACUGGAUUAGACAAGCAAAAAUCAAAGCUUGAAGUAAUUGGUAAGUACCCUGUAGUUCAAUCACCCAAUCAGUUUAAGUAUCUACUUCAUCCCGUGCUCAGCGACACUUUUUUCAAGACUAUGCUCGAGCUUCCAAGCAAUUUCACUUCGAUAAACACUGUGGAGUUGUAUUUGGAAGUUAAACCAAAUCCACCUGCUGCUAGGCCAUUGCCAAUGGAAAAUCCAAGGAAAAGACAGAGGAGACAAGAAAAGGUGGGGGACAAAAAUGGUUCAGGUUCACAGAAGAGCAGUACACAACAAGAGGUGGGCCGGGAUAAGAAUGCUCCUCGUCUUGUGUCUGGUUUGUGGCUUGACGAUUCUACAAUGCGUGUGGGGUUGUGUUUUAAAGACAUAGAUGAGUUGAAGAAGGCAGUGGACUGGUGGUCCAUUAAGAGGCAGCAUAAAUGUUUACUAAGAGAGACAGACAAGGACAUGUAUUUGUUUGAGUGUGUAAGAUGGGGAUGCAAGUGGUCAAUUUCUGCAGGUAGAAUAGAUAAAGACGGUCUUUUUGAGAUAACCAAGUGUAGUGGUCCACAUACUUGUCUCCCUUAUGAUAAUUCACAAGAUUUUGAAGUGGAGUUCUUAGAACAUGAGAUUGAACGUGCGGUCAGGGUACAUCCCAUGCUCUCAACUGUAGAGCUGGAUAAGUGGUGGGAAGAAAAGUUUGGCUAUGCCCUUGAUGGAGUGGAGGAGGUGGACCAUGAUGCACAAGGACUUUUGCGGGUUGCGAAAGAGAAAGCUAUCAAAAGAGUCUUUGGAGAUUGGGAUCAGAGUUUCAGAAUCAUACCCAAGUUAAUGUCUGCGCUUCACUCUUCUAAUGGCCUGGUUGUGGACUGGCAAUAUGAUUCUUGGCCUGAUCGUGAACACGUCUCCUUUCGCAGCGUGUUUUGGGCAUUUUCACAGUCUAUCCAAGGGUUCCAACAUUGUAGACCUCUGAUCGUUGUGGACACCAAAAACUUGGGCGGUAAGUACAAAAUGAAACUGAUGAUUGCCUCAGCGUUUGAUGCAGCCAACCAAUACUUUCCACUUGCCUUUGCGGUUACUAAGGAAGUAUCCGUUGAUAGUUGGCGUUGGUUUCUCACUAGAAUCAGAGAGAAGGUAACACAGAGGCAAGGCAUUUGCCUCAUCUCCAGUCUCGACCCUAACAUACGGGCUGCUAUUAAUGAACCCAGGUCUCAGUGGAAAGAACCGUGGGCUUAUCACAGGUUCUGUCUGGAUCAUCUUCGCUCCCAACUCCGUAGCGUUUGUCCAGACUGCGAUCACAAUAUGGAGUAUCUUUUGGAUAAGGCUGGAUCGUCAAGUAAGAAGGAAGAAUUUGAAUCCAGCAUGAUGGAGAUCAAAGAGAAGAAUCCAGAAGCUUGGAAAUGGUUAAACCAAAUCCCUCCACAUCAGUGGGCUCUGGCUCAUGACAGUGGUAGUCGGAGAUACGGAAUCAUGAGGAUAAAAACUCAAUCUCUCUUUGCUCUCUGUAAAACAUUUCCGAAAGUUGCAAUGGCAGGGGGUGUGAUGAUUCUGUUUAGUGAGCUGAGAGACGCUUUUGAGGAGUCUUUUAGCCGAACCCGUGGCUCUCUUAACCGCGGCGAUGUGUACACAGAUUCUGUCAUGAAGAAGUUUAAAGAGUUCAAGAAAAAUGCCACUACUUGCGUUAUAACGCCAGUGGAAGGAGGUGCAUAUCAGGUCUCAACGGACUCGAAAAAGGAGAAAAGGUAUAUGGGUAAGGUUAAUGUCUCUACCAGCGGGAUUGUUCAGUUGAAUGACUCAACCUGCACUUGUGGAAUGUUUCAAAGGAACAAGUUCCCAUGUCUGCACGCGCUAGCAGUCUACGAUAAGCUAAAAAUCAACCCGUUGCAGUAUGUAGACGACUGUUAUACUGUUGAAAGGUAUCACAAAACGUACUCAGCUACAUUUUCUCCUGUUCCUGAGGUAUCAUCUUGGCCGGAAGCUUCUGGUGUUCCAACAUUUUCUCCUCCACCUAAAGUAUCAGGAAAAGGUAAAGGGAAAGAGACCGAUGAUGAUCAUCUUGAAGAAGAAGAAGAAGAAGAAGAUGAUAAUGAUGAGGACGAAGAUGAUGAUAAUGAAGAUGAAGAUGAAGAUGAAGAUGGUGAAGAAGAUGAAGAUGGUGAAGAAGAUGAAGAUGAAGAUGAAGAGUGGUAAUGUUCUGCUUGCAUUAGCGUAAUGAGAUUUAACACAAUUAAGAACCGCAGGAUUUAUUCAUGCGCACUAAACAGCCUUUUGAAGUUUUGGUUUGCUUUCUAGUUGGAAAGAUUAUGACUUGGAUCACACGCUUCGAUA